AACACAGUAGAAUUAGGCUAGCAGUUAGCCCACUGAAGCUCACGUUGGCGUGUCGUAGUUCAUUUUUUGUGCUAGGUUAAGCGGUGUCUCUGGCCACGCAUAGACCUGGCACUGACAAACGACAGGGAGUUCAUUCAUCUCUGGUUGUCUGGGAUGUAUGAAUGGAUAGUUGACGGAAUCUCAUCGCUCUUCGUGCCAUUUUCUGGGGGUAAAUCAAAGAACUGGCCUUGGAACGGCGGUGAAUCAGAAACCGCGGGGACUGCGGACCACCAGAGACAGGAGAACUGCAACAACAGGCCAGCGAAACGCAAUUAUGAAAGUGUCCACUCUCCCGAGGCCACAGUGGAACCAGUGGAAAUCAAGAGACCCAAGAGAGAUGUGAUAUUGAGCACUGUGAAGAAGACUCUCGCAGGAGUUGCUGGCUUUCUCCGACUGCAGAACCGCAAACCCAACCUGCAACAUGACAAGCCGCUCCACAAGAGAGCCCCGCUGCGGCCGGUGGUGCUAGCGGGGAUAGACGAGAUUCCCAGCACCAACUUUAGCAUGCGGAUCCUGAAUGGGAAUGUAAAAAUGGAUAAAGUGAGAGAGGGAGGGAGUGGCGGGCAAGAGAAGAGCUCGUCUGCACUAGGCCUGGGACCCCUGACUCUCACCAGGAAGCCAGAUAGUGGACCCAUGGUGUUUCGGGGUGCCCCUCAGAACCCCAGCCGGAACCAGCGCCACUCACUGCCGCUUCUGCCCUCCCGUCCUGCCCUGGCCGCGGGGUCAGCGGCAUCAGACCUGCCCCUGCCCACGCACCCACACAAGCCCUGCCUCACCGUGGAGGAGGCCCUGAAGGAAAGUGAUCGAGAGCAGUACCUGAGGCUGGUCGAGAUGGUGUCAGACAAGUACAGCAAGAGCAGACCGCUCCCCUUCGCCCAGAUCAAGCCUCUCACGGCUCCCGUGACUGUGGAUGGACAGGAGCAGACCGUGCUGGGGAGAACGCUGGACAAGAGCAGCUCCAAACUUGGCCCACUAAGAGCUACCCCAAGGGAGUCUGUGUGGAGGGAUACAAAGCAACCUAAAGACAGGAGUGCUGAAGGAAGCCUGAGUAAGCCAAUUGGAGACCUGAAAAGCAAGAGAGCGGAAGAGAAGUCGGCAUGGAACCCUAAGCCGCUGGAUGUGGACCUGUCGGCAGAGGUGGCGGCGCGUCUCAACCUGAAGGACAGGGAUCCAUGUCUGCCCUCGUCCGCAUCCACACCGGCUGUGGCCCAGAGCCGAGCCGUGUCUCAGCCAGAGGAGGAGCUACCCCGCCUCACCAAGGAGAUGCAUCAGGAAGUGUGUGCAGCUCUGGCCCAGCGGGACGCCAGUCUGGUCCUCAGCAGCGCCUUCAAGCUGCACAUCACACAGAGAGACCUGGCCACCCUGCAGGAGGGCUCCUGGCUAAAUGAUGAGGUGAUCAACUUCUACCUGAACCUGGUGAUGAGUCGCAGCAUGGGCCAACAGGGGGCGCCGGGGAGCUCAGGUGUGUCGAGCUCGUCUGGGCUGAGGAGGGUGUACUCCUUCAGCACCUUCUUCUUCCCCAAGCUGCGGGGCGGGGGGCACGCGGCCGUGCGCAGGUGGACCAAGGCCGUCGACCUCUUCACCUUUGACCUCAUCCUGGUGCCCCUGCACCUGGGCGUGCACUGGUCACUCGCGGUUGUGGACUUCAAGAUGAAGAGUGUGAAGUCAUAUGACUCCAUGGGUCAGAGGCACGACGACAUCUGCAACCUCGUACUGAGGUAUCUGAAGGAGGAGAUGAGUGCCAAGAAAGGAAAAGAUCUGGACCUCAGCAAGUGGACCGUCUGUAGUCUAAAGGCCUCAGAGAUUCCUCAACAGAAGAAUGGGAGUGACUGUGGAGUCUUUGCCUGCAAAUAUGCGGACUACAUCUCCCGUUCAAGACCCUUGACCUUCAGACAGUGCCACAUGCCUCUCUUCAGAAAGUUGAUGAUCUGGGAAAUCCUCAACCAGCGGCUGCUGUGAAAGACUAAUUGAAGUCUCCUGGUUCCCUCCCCCAGAACACCAUGGACCAACUUACUUAACCUCUUCCCAUCCUCUUCCCGACCCCCACCCCUUCCUUUCUCUUUCUUUUUUAUGAAACAUUAUGGCUGCAGACAAUAGCUUCUGUGUUAACUACAAGUAGGCAGUAUGUUUUUUGUUUUGUUUUGUUUGUUUUAAACCAAAUGAUAACUCAUUUCAUACAAGACAACACUAGAAGAAGAAGCACAGCUGGAAGAGUUAUUGAGUUUAUACCGAGUAGAUUUUUUUUUUUAGUUACAGAGCUGGUCAUUGUGGUCAUCAUUAUUCCUAGGUGUGUGUGUGUGUGUGUGUGUGUGUGUGUGUGUGUGUGUGUGUGUGUGUGUGUGUGUGUGUGUGUGUGUGUGUGUGUGUGUGUGUGUGUGUGUGUGUGUGUGUGUGUGUGUGUGUGUGUGUGUGUGUGUGUGUGUUUAUUGGUUAAGUGGGGCAUGCAUCUCUUUAGGGGUGUACGUGCACAUGCUGAUACUUCUUAAGAGGUAUAAAUCGUCUUUGUAGAGGUGUAAAAUAGACUAAAAGAGGUGGUAACAUACAGUAAUUGGCCGUACUACUACUGUGGUAGUGCUACUACAAUAUAUUAGAGGUGAAAUGACCACGGGUUUAGCCUCCUACAGUAAUAUUACAGUGUAUUGGCCACAGGGCUAGCACCCUAGAUUGAUAUUACAUCAAAGAAGCCACAAGUUUGGCCUAUUUAACAUUGGCAAUAUUACAGAUUCAAUCACCACCAGUGCCAGACAUCGAGACUGAAUGGCUGAUUUUGAUGUUGCCCUAUUACAGUCAAUCUCAAUAGCUGCUUGCAGUACUACAGUCAAUCUACACAGCUGCUUGAAGUCCUGAAAUUUCCUCCAUAAUGUAUUUUUUGAGAAGUGUGAAAAGAAAACCUCGACAGGGUCUGUGAUAUUUGAUGAGCGAAAUCAAACGUUGGCCAAUAGGCACACAAAUCACUUUUGUGUCUUCUUACUUAUGUUUUCUUUUGAAACGUAGUUGAGAGUCUCAUGUUGAGUCGACAAGUUCACCUUUUGUGUUCCAAAUCUGUCCGUAUCUUUGAGUGUGCGUGCUUGUGUUUGAGAUGGGUGCCCAUCAGUGCUGUUUGUGGUGUCAAGUGUUGCACGCACACACUUGAGUCUUGUUGACAAAGUGAUUGUAAUGCCAUUCUGUAAUGUGUUCCUUUAGAGUAGACUGAAGUGCCUUGAUCAUCUCCUCAUCCCUCAGUCCACCACACACAGUACAUAUGUGUGGCAUCCUGAACAGCGCCUGUCAGCUGUCUAUGUUUUAAGUGUGUGCGUGCGUGCGUAUGUCGGCCUGUAAGGCUGCUCCUGAAGUUCUCAUUACCGACUGUAUAAAGUAAACAAAAGGUCAGAUGUAAGUGUAUGGGUCAGUGGCGUGUUUUGUUUCGUUUUUAUUUUGGCUCAUACAUCAGGUGGUACAACCACAGAUAAUGACCAUAAUUCAAUUUGAUCAUUUAUUGCAAUGACUAUGCUUCUUUGAUAAACCAUAAAGAAAACAGAAUCCAUGCAAUGGUGGCAUUAGCUGUCGUUUCCUCACCCUGACGCCUGCUACUACUAAAGCGUCAUUGACCCAUAUACCGGUAACUCCAUGUGUUGCUCCACAGCCAGUCGUGGUAUCCCUUGCAUCCCCUGAGUGCUAGAACCAUACAGACAUUAUGUUGACAUUUUUUUUUGCAUUCCGAACCAUGGACAUGCAGACAUCUAGACCCCAAUUUGUCUAUGGCCAGAACAGCAGAUUGUUGAUGACAAGAAAUGCAUGCAGUCCUACAGUCAAGCUACAGUAAUCGAUAGCCUAAUGUGCCCCCUCUACCCUCUACCCUACCCUCAGAUCUCUCCCCAAACGCCCUUAAUUUAAAGACAAAAGAAAAAACGUUAUAUAUUUAUUUUGUUACGUUCCUUAUUUCUAUAUUUUGUUUUUGCCUUGUGAAUAAUAUAAUCAGCUUCUUGUGUAUGCUUGCUUGUUUGUUUUUGUGUGUGUGUGUGUGUUUGGUUUUUUUUUUCAGAGAUGUGAGAUUACAUUGAAUGUAAGAUAGUAAGCAGCUAAAUUCAAACAAGCGAAUCUUAACACUAUGGGCUGAUCUGAAGUAUUUAUGUGGCAACUCGCACGGUAGAGCAUGUCUCCUGUGUGGAUAGAUCUGUGAAGAUGGUUGCUCCUUAUUUUUGUAUACAAUAAAGAACUGGAUAAAAAUGG